AUGCUCACCGUCCCCCGCAUUCGAAUGGGCAACAGUCGGCUCUCCUCUCCAACGACAACAUUUUUUGGUAGUACGUCUACUAGACAAGCUUCUUUCUCAACGGCUGCUGUCGACGGCAUUCAUAACACGCCUUCGCCUUCUCCCGAGUCGGCUUUUAUGGCCACUGACACGCAUUCUAUCCGUCGAUCGCCGGCCAUGUCCCAGUCCUCUUUGUUCGACGAGCUUCAGGGACGAUCUGGAAGACUACUUAAUAUCCCUGGAAACUACGACAUGUUGGGUUCGGACGGCGAAGAUUGCGACUUGGAGAAGCCUCAGCAGCAAGGCUACUCAGACGAUAUGAUCUGGGUUCGGUUUCCACCGGCGUCUGCCUCAGAUCUUCCCGAGGGCAUACAAACUUACGAGCGGUCAAGGUUCAUCAUUGAUCCAACAGUGAUUGAUCCGUGUAUCGGCAUGUCCUUACCAGUGGUGGGCAUGAACCUUGCUUUGCAAACAUGUAUAGCACCUCAACCUCUUGCCUCUUCGCAUAUCGCCUCGACGGUCAACAAUGCAAUGCCGUCGCAGAUCAGCGCAUCUGUCAACCCUGGUUUCGAAAUUGAGAAGCUACCCGAGGAGCUGUUACUUGAAGUAAUGGGGCAUGCUUUUGUUUUCCCAGGCCAAGAAAUUCGGGUGAGUAAUAUGAAUCACCAAUCAGGAGAGCCCGAACUCGAGGUCAGGAAAGUAGGUCAGCCAAAUGAGGACGUCAUCCCGCUACCACCAUUAAACAAGCUUCUGGCUAUGGAUGAAGCAUCGAUCUAUUGGCGACUGCGGAGCCCAGCUUUGAACCACUUCUUUCGAUACAACGUCUUCGACCUAACCUCUCGUAACAGCCUGAAAUGGAUCAAAGGCCUUCCUCCACAUUAUCGAGGGCAAGUAACUCAUGUCGUUUUGUCCUUCAAUUUGGGUUCAGUCGACAACCCAAGGCAGCAAAACAUUUACAGCAGACAGCUGGUCGGACUCGUUGGCGAGAGCACCAACCUGCGGACGAUUAAGAUCAAAGUGCGAGAUUUUGCAGGCAGGAGGCAUCGUACACCCGCCGAACUAGAGUGGUUGUUUCGUCAGAUGCCUGGACUCGACUUGCUUACCCACCUUCGGGGUGUUGGAGAGCUCGUGGUAGACGCUCCGUUCCAGAUCGCACCGACCCAAAUUCGUCGUCUAGAACGGUGCCUAGCAAAGCCUAAAGGAAGACAAGGGACUUCCAACGAUCCCUAUUCAUAUCCAGCUCUAGCUUUAUCACCACGGAGCAGUAAUACUCUUAGGCAGAGGAAUGUGUUGGACUUGGACAGCGAACUCGAUGCUUACGGUCGUAUCUCCACGGAUUUCGGAACAAAGACAUUGAAGGCAAUUGAGCUGGAACGUUUGAGGCGGCUUGAUUGGAGGAAUCCGGACGAAUAG